AUCAGGAACACCUGCUCGCGCAUCAGGAAAUCCUUGAAGACUCAAGUCGGAGCGUCCUCCGAAGGAUGCAGAACUGGGACGCAGCUGGUAUCAAAAUAGCAGCCUCAACGUUUUGUUCUGGAUGAAUCCAUACAACCUAAUGCGUGUAUUUACGGAAUGCCAUGGAGUCGAGUGUGGACUCUGGAACAGAGCUUUUCUCCAUGAUGGAUGAUAAAGGUGCCCUCAGCCAACCGAAGACCCCAAACAUUGUUGUAGAGAAUGACGGGCGUACCAUCUCACUGCAAGUACUGGAAUUUAAAACAAGUCUUCUGGAGGCGGUUGAAGAGCUGCAUAUUCACAGGGAUGCUGAAACAAGAUAUGAGGAGCAGAUUUGUAAACUUGUGCUGGAGAAGCAGGAGCUGGAAUGGCAAAAGGAGUCUUUACAAAGUCAGAAUUCUAGAAUUUCAAACGAAAAUUCUGAGUCACUCGCCGCUGCAAAAAAGCAGUUUCAGGCCCAAAUCCGAAAAUUUGAGGGAGAAAAGGGUAAGAACCAGCUGGCUGCCGAACUGAAAGACAAAGAGAUCAUCAGCCUCAAAGAAGAACUAAAACAGCUGCAGUUGCUCAGGUACAGUUCGGAGAAGAAAUUAGGCGAGCUGGAGCAAAAGUUGCAGCUGCAGACACAAACGAAAGACAGCCACCUGAACCAGCUGGGAGAAGUGGAGAGGCGUUUCGCUGCCAUCUCCAGACAGUGUGCCAUGGUCAAACAGGCCCAUGACAAACUCGAACAAAAUGUUGAAGAGGCCAUGCGAAUUAAUAAAAAGCUCACAUCCAUCAAUGAAAAACGAGAAUCGUCGAUUAAAACCUUGAAAGAGGACUUGGAGAGAAUCAACAAAGAGCUGGUCACAUUCAAAGUGUCAUCGGUCUGCAAACCUGGAGAGGAACGUUUACAGAAUGUUCUGAAAGAGCAAGAGUUUCAACUGCUUCAGCACAAACUCCUUGUGGAAACAGAAUUUAACAAAAAACUGAGAAAUGAAAUGGCCACUGAAAGGGCAGAGAAGCAGGAGGUAUUGAGAUCCCUCAACCACAGUCAGAGUUUGCUGCAGAGACAGACGGAAGCUCUGAGCCGAGCAGAGCAGGAGUUUCGCGAACUCCGUGAGGAAUAUCAGGUUCUUAAAACAGAACAUGAAUUGAAUCAAGAGAGGACUAAAGAAAAAGACGGCAGCUUUGUUCGCUUGAGAGAUGAAUACCAAAAUUCUAAACUUACUUGGGAAAAAGAGAUUAUGCGAUUGCAAAUGUCAACGGAGUCCGGUAAAGAAGAGUUGCAAGCGGUAAAAGAGGCUUAUAAUCAACUUGAAGAAGAGCGCAAACAGCUGUCUAUUUCUGCAGUUCAUAAAGCCAAAGAAAUUCAUAACUCUGAGAUUGCCGUAAAAGAUCAAGAAAAUUCUCUUUGUACAACAUCUAAUGAGAUUAACCUUGUGAAGGUGAGCAGUCUCCAUGAAGAUCUUGAGGAGAGUCUUAUCAGUCCUCAUGAUAACCAUGAACCAACGUGUCACCCUGAUAAAGACGUUCCAGAUGAAAGCAUCGAGUUUCAAAAGGCUAGAAAAGAUGGCUGCUCUCAGAACAACAACAAGGAACUUGACAUUCCAAUGCAGGCAGAUAGAACAGUACCUGUAGUCUCACCAUCGGUUUCAACUGAUAACAUCUUAAGGCCUGAGGAUAUCAAUCCCAUGAUGAAUCAACUGUCAAAGCUGUGUGAUGAAACAAAAACCGGUGUCAGUGAAAGUGAGCCAGUCUGCAGUGCAGAUGAUAAAGCAUGCCCCUCAAACCCAGUCCAAAGUGACACAGACAGUUGUCUUGCUGAGCUAUCAGGGCCUGAAACCAGGUCUGUUUAUGGCGUAGACGGCGACCCUUUGGCUUUGAAACCAAAAGAUAGACCACUGGAGCAGAAUCUGUGUACUUCUGAAGUGACUGAAUCCCAGACAUCAGAUAAACACAUGGACAGCCAGGGAUAUGCUACAUCUCAGUCCAAAGAAGUCAAAGACCACCAGAAUGCCGCACCUGAAUUUCUCCACAAAGUUUCACAAAAGGAAAGUCAAACAACUGCAGAGAGAUUUUCAGAAGACAAAACUGCAAACUCAAAUCCACAAGACACACUUGUGUUUUACGACAAAACGACCAUUACAGAAGAAAUGAUUGAUGCCCAACCAAGCCUAUACCACCAAACCGUUCAUGAGGAGCCUCGAACCAACUUUGAUAUUGCGAGUGCCACAAUAACUUCAGAUAUACUCCUCCACAAGUCCAAAGAUCAGUUUUCUCCACCUGAAUUGAUUUGUGAACACUCACAAAGCCAGGUGGGCGGCUCAACUGAAACAAGCCUCUACAAUGUGGUCAACGAGCUGGAAUCUAAAGAGUUGCCUCUUGUUGAUCAGACCACUUCAGUGACUGCAGUUGACACAUUGGAGGUCAUAUCAGAAAAUAACGAUCAAAAUGAUUCAGAACCAUUGAAAUCUCAACAGAUUGAAAUUAGUGUUUCUACUGAAGAAGCCAAGAUCACAAACCCAGAACAAGAUCCUUCUUCUCCUGGGUCUACAACAGCAAAUGGCCAAUCAGAUGUUGACCAGAAGAGCAUUCCAUUGGUAGAUACUUCAAACCAUCCUGGAAAUAGAAGAUGUCAGUCGUCCUUUGCAUGGGACACAUUUAUGAAAGGGAAAAAGAUGCCACAUCCAAAACCGCUAAGAACUGAGCUGUGGUCCUCUGGAUUUCAUGAACUUGUUUCUCCAUUUUGUGCUCCCAUAUUUAUGAAGAAUAAAUUGCCAAAAACAGCCAUAAUGAAGACUCCUGACAGACUGGAAACCUCAAGCAAGCGUCCCCACCAAAAUAGUGACUGUCAAGGAGAGUGGAAUGCUAUCAAGCAGUCUUUUUCUGAAAUGUUAACAGAGAAAGAGAAUCAAGUUCUUAUCUCCUACAGCUCGACUCUGAGUGGCAGUCCAACCUCUUCUUCUGUGGGUAAUGGGCUGCGACAAAACUCCACUCCUACCGUUCCUCCUCCCAAACUCCAGAGCGUGGAGAAACCGACCCGGCCUAUGGAAUCUAGCUCUGAAGGAAAAGAACGAAAACAAUCUGACAUAAUGGCCAAAUUGCAAAAAUUGAGGAAUUUAUGUCAACUGAAGGUUUAAUGCCUCCAAAAAGACUCAAAACUGAUUGAUAUGUGCUAGAAAUGCAUGCGUUCGUAAGUCGUUACAGAGUUUAAAAUGUUUUUGCUUGGGUAUGUUUCUAACCCUCCUUGUGAGUAGAUACAGUGAAUACCAUAUUUGUGUUAAUUGCUUACUAUGUUUCCAAAUAAUUUAACUAAAUAAAUGUUCAAUG